CUAAAAUCAAAAUGUUUUUCAAUAGGGAAAGUUUUGUAGAAGAACUAGACUACAACCCUUUUAAAGAGAUAUAUGACGCUACAAAUCCUGAGAUUUUUACCAAGGAUAAAUCGUCACUGCUAGCUGCAGCUAGCCCUCUGAAUUUAGAGCACAAGGAUUUCAUGACCAGCUUUGCAGAGAAAGAGGAGUCUAAGGAUAGUCAUGACUCCAGCAAACCUAGUCUUAGCCUUAAAGAGAAGCGGCUCAAAGCUAGAAUCAGGUCUAAAGAGACCAGAGAAAGGAAGAAAGGAUAUAUCAAGGAACUUGAGAAACGGAUCAGAGAACUUGAGCGGGAGAACCUCCGUCUCCAAAACUUAAUGUCUCAGACUAGCGAUGAGAGUUGCCGAAAGUACUCUAUGGAUUCUAAGAUCUUCCUUAGUGAUUUUCAUGAGGAGGUUCGUGGCUACUGGAGUAAGUAUAUUGAUCUUAAGACCUUUGAUAAGAAGGAAAAUGCUAGCUUAAUGUGUGAAAAUUAUCAAAAAUAUGCACCUGUUAUUCUAAAGAAGCAGCAGAUAUUCUUUGAUACGGUGUUUAAAAUGCUGAUCAACAACAUUAUCGGGUAUUACACCCCAGCUUACUACGGUGACCUUACAGAAGAGUAUGACCGAGAGUACGAUGUAAUUAAAUAGACUGAAUCACUGUACCAAAUAUCAGCUAUCAGAAUUCAAGGAGACGAACAAAAUUAAUAAACUAGACACCUUCGUGGCCUCUCUGAACCCAAAUAAGAAGCAGUUUAAUUUCUGUAAGAAUGUCUACCUCAAGAAGGAGUUUCACAUUAAGAAGAAGUGUCAGGAGGCCAUAGAUAAUCUCCUCAAGGCCAAGUCCAUAAUCGAGGAGGCUAAUGGUGAACUUUACCUGAUGAAGGAAGUCGUCCUAAAGUCAAAGAUUCUCACUGACGAACAGAUAAUCAACUCUAAUAUCAAGGAGAACGUCUUUAGAAACGACAAUAGCUUCGAGAAUGUCUGGAACCUAAAGAUCAUCCCUCAAAAAGUUAAGUUCAAGCUCUCUCGAGAUGACAUUAUUGGGAAGUUGGUCAAACAAUGCUCUAAUAAGGAAGAGUACAACAAGUUUAUAGAGUUUAAUAAAUUUGUAGCCAAAAGUGGCGACACCAGAUAAUUAUAAUAAUUCUCCAAUUUC